GUCUCAUCAACCACACAAUAAUCAGUCAUAUCUUAUCUUACAUUACCGACUGACAGCAUUUUUUUCCUUUUUGGUAUGAGUGGUAAAGCUUGGCCGAGGCGUGGGCAAUGCAAAAGUAUAAAGGUUCUCAGUUGAAGCCUUAUAACAAACUGAUCAAUUCAAGGGCUUUCUGACAUAGCUUCCUCAAGAGCUCAACAACAGCUUGUAUCAUGAAGAUGAAGAUGCUUCUGCUGGUAUCUGCUGUGGCUCUGCUGGUAAAUUCAGCUGCUGUUAGUGCUCGUCCUCAUAACGUUACUCAGCAAAACCUAAUAUUUGACCUCGUGGAAAAAUGCAUUGAAUCUCGUUCACAGACAUUUGUGGAUGAUGUAUCACAUCUGGCUAAAGGCAGCAGAAAAUGUGAGGAUCGGUUCUUUUGUAAAGUGCAUGAUGUCCUGCGUAACACAAAAGAUGUCUGUAAAGAGGAGGACAGGAAGGUGCUUGUGGAAACCCUGCAUGCGUAUAAUACUGGCAGAAAUGUGCAGUGUGAAAAUACACUUCAGGGAAUGACAAGUACAGGCAUAGAGAUCGAAGUAUCCAGCUUUUUGGAACAUGUCAAGCGUUGUGUCCGGCACAGAAACUUUCAUGGGACCAAAAAAUAGCAGCUCCUGAAUACCACCAAAACCCAAUGUGAAGGCUACCAGAUACAGCUGCUUGUUUUACUAAUUUGUAACUGUAUUUAACAUAAAUUAUUAAAUCUAUUUGAAUAACAUAUUUAUUGUAAUAUCAUGCAGCAUUGAAAUACAAUUGUACAGAAUUUACAGAAAAAUAAAAUUGUAUUCAUUAAGAUAAA